AUGUUUCGCAGUGCUUUUCGGCCCUUCUCUUCCUUGCGCUGCACUAGAAGCGCUCGUACCGCACGAUGUCUUCAUCGUGUCACAACAGAGUUCAUUAUCCAUGAUACGAGAGGAAAUCUAGUUACCAGGAAGGUGCCUAUCUUUAUUGGCAACCCAGGAGAAACCUAUAUUUUGAUUGAAAAAGAGGUUGGUAGUGCACUCCGUGCUGCCAGUCCCUUCAUAUCGACUUCUGCAGCUAGUGCUGAAGAUAGAUGUAAACUUACGUUUUUUCACGAUUCGCAACAUUUUGGUUUUGGUACGUUCUCAGUGUGCGAGAGGUUUUAUUCAAUCGAGGUUAAUAUUUUUUUUUCAUUGCUAGGAUCGUCGAGUUAUCCCCGCCUCUAUAUCCCAAACCAAAUGCCUCGCCAGACAGAGUUAAAUACAAGCUCGGCAACUUUGCUCUUGGACGGAAAAAUGCACGAGAUAGUUCUAGAUGGAACACCUGAUGGUAUAAUCUCGUCACAACUCUUCCCGUAUUACGUAUACUGA